UUUUAUUGUUCAGAUAUGCCACUUAAAAGCAAAGAUGCCACUUAGAAGUAAAAAAUAUUCACAAAAAAUUAAAGUAAUUAAAUACAAGGAAGAGGGAAAAGAAAUUGAAUUUGUGAAGUCUGAGCCAAAAUGUUCAGGUUCCAAGAAACCAAAGAAAAUUGCCACAGAGGAACUGUUGGAUCAGCCAUCAACUUCAGUUGUUCAGGAAGAUGUAAGGACUUAUGUAUCCAGAAAAACUAAAGAACGAGAAGGAUGGGAAACAGUACAGCCUUCAAUGCUAAGGGCUAGAAUUGAGGAAAUGUGCCCAUCAACAUGGGAAUGUUGUUUUUGUGGCAAGGAGACGAUGCAUAUUAUCUACUGUCCAGACUGUGGUCCAACAGCAUACUACUGUGAAACAUGCUGCACAAAACUCCACAGUGUAGUGCUUUUUCACAAGCCAUGUGUUUGGAAAAAUGAUAUGUAUGUCCCAUAUGAGAAUUCAUCAGAAACAUGCAUUGGAAGGGAAGAUCAUAAGGAAUGUCCCACCACCUACACCAAAAUCCUUGCUGUGAUAAGCCUAUCAGGACAUCAACAUAAGAUAAAUAUGCAAUUUUGCAAGUGUGAGAAGGAGUCUAUCACUUUGGUCAGGUACAGACUUUGGCCAUCUUCUCCUGAAACUCCCCGUGUUGCAUUUGAUUUUAAAUUGAUGGAAUUGGCUGUGGUCCUUCAGCUUGAGGGGCAUUUAUCUUUAAAAUCCUUCUGUGAUGCCAUCAUUCAAUCUCAAAAUGGAUUUCCUGUUAUGGUGCGACCUGAUGAGGUGAAAGAUAUAUACAAAAGUCUUGUUGGGGAUUCUUUCAAUGAAUAUCGUUUCCAUAGAUCUCAGUUUAACAAUAGAGAGAUGUAUGAAGAGAACCAUAUUGAAAGUACCAAUGAAUGCCCUAUCUGUAGUGAGAGUGAAGUAACUAAAAUACUUUCCUUGGAUGGUAACUUUGGUCUUGUACAUAAGAAAUCAUCAGGAGAGGGAAGUGGCAUACCCAGAAGAAAAGAAAGAUUUUUCAUGGACCAAGACAAAGUUGACGCAUUUGUGUCAACUUAUGGUCUAGAUACCAAAAAGCAAAGUAUUAAUUGCUCAGAUUUUCAAGCAGGAAAUAUCAUCCGUUCUAAAAAGAAGACUGAUAAAUUAGAUAUCACUGGUUUAUUUGGUUCUGUGUGCCAACAUGAUAUCCCACAGAUUUUUUUAAAUCUGAAACAUGGUGAAAGAUUGGCAUAUUCAGUGCACCUCCUACAACACUUGGUUGACAAUUCUGAGCAGGAUGAAAGACCAGGAACUAUUAUGUAUGACAUAGCAUGUAGCCUAAAGAGACACUUGCAGAAAGAAAACAAAGACCUACAGGCAUAUUUCAAGUUUGUUGUGCCAGUUUUUCACAGUUAUGCACAUAAUAUGGCAUGCCAGCUUGAAUAUGGGCAGAGGUUUGUUGAAGGAACUGGACUAAAUGAUGGAGAAGGUGUAGAGAGAUUGUGGUCCUACCUCAGAAAAUUCAGUUCCAUCACAAAAGAAAUGACUGUUUCAAAUAGACAACAUUUGAUUGUGGAUGCACUUGAACAUUAUUCUAAUAGAAUAAAAGAAAAAUUGGGCGAACGAUUGAAGGCCAUGCUGGAGAAAGCCAAAAAAAUACAAGAAACCAGAGAUGUGUACACUGCUGUUGAAGCCAAACAUGAUGGUAGUUCCUCAGAAUGGUUUUUACUCUGGAAAGAGUUAUCGAGAAGUGGAAGACAGGUUUCUGUCACCUUAACACCAGAUGAAAGAUACUGUUGGCUUUCCAAUCAGAUUGUUACACAGAGGACAAUGUUGGCUGAUUCCCUUGAUGAGGAUGAAAAAAUACUAUUGAAAGGCCAUAUUCAAAAAACAGAAAGUGAAUUGAAAAAAGCAAAGAAAACUUUACAAUUAGAUGUUCAAAGUUUGGAUGCCAGGAAAGAAGAACUUUCUGAGUCUGCGAAAAAUAAAUUAAGACAUGGGCAUCUUAAAAAACUGCAAAUGUUUGCCAAUGAAAGGCAGUACAUUCUGUCCUUGCUGAAGAAAUAUUUCGAUGGACAAGAAAUGACAAAAAGAAUUUCUAAGCAGUUGUCCUCCAACAGUGAGAGAAUAAAGAAGUGUCUCAAAGAAUUUAAUAGCAACUUCAGUGAAAGUUUUUCUUUUGCUGAAGUCAGCAUACCAACUGCUGCAAUUUACAAAGAUUUGGAAAUUACAGCCAUCCUAGAUGAUGGCAAAAUUAAGGCUUGCCAGGCUUACUCUCUCCACCAACAUGCAAUGGAACAGGAACACAUGACAAAUACAGAAAUUAAAGCUUUGCUUAAAUAUAUUGAUGAUACCAACCAAAAAUUAUUAAAUCUUAUAGUUGAAUCUAAACAAGAAGAUAGAUAUCAAAUUGGGCGUAAACACAUGCUUAUGAUGUUUAAGCUGAAGGCAGAAGAACUGUGGAUCAGAUAUUUAUUAUCAUUGUCUGAGUUUUCUGCCAAAAGCGCUGAGAGUCAAAUUCAUUCCUUCAUUGACAUGCCUCUGCAGACAGAUUUUGUUGAUAUAGAUUGUAUAUUUGGUGAAGUAUCUGACUUGUCUGAAUCUGAUGAGAGUGACACUGAAUGAAAUCAUUAUUGUUAUUUCAACCAACCCUAAGCAACUCCACAAAGUUAUUUUGAGGGUGUACCAUAAUCAUCAUGUCUAUCUGUCUCUUUUUUUUUCUCCAUGUACCUGGUACAGUUGUUAUAUUUUUGGAAUAUUAGAUUAGGUUUUUUUUUUUAAUGAAUUAGGUAUUUAUUGUUUAAUAUUUACAUUUACAAAUAUUUUUCCUUAAGAUU